AUGUCAAACGGAGGUAAAAGGCCACCGGAGGAUGACUCUAAACUACCGUACUACAAAUUGGUAGUUAUUGGAGAUGGAGGUGUCGGAAAGUCAUCUCUCACUAUUCAGUUCUUCCAGAAACAAUUCGUAGACUAUUAUGACCCAACAAUAGAAGAUCAAUACAUUCAACACUGUGAAAUUGACGGAAACUGGGUUAUCAUGGAUGUUCUCGAUACUGCUGGCCAGGAAGAGUUCUCUGCAAUGCGUGAACAAUACAUUCGUGGUGGAAGAGGAUUCCUUUUGGUUUUCUCGGUCACCGAAAGAAAAUCGUUCGAGGAGGCUCACAAACUCUAUAAUCAAGUGCUUCGUGUGAAGGAUAAGGCCGAGUAUCCAGUUCUUUUGGUUGCUAAUAAGGUGGAUUUGAUAAACCAAAGAGUUGUUUCUGAGGAAGAAGGAAGAGAAUUGGCUGCUCAAUUGAAAUUGAUGUACAUUGAAACAUCUGCAAAAGAACCACCAGUUAAUGUUGAUGCCGCAUUCCAUGAACUCGUCCGAAUCGUCCGUAGUUUCCCAAGUGAUGAAGGAGAGCAUGAGGCAUCCAUGGCCUCAGUUCCACGUGAUAAGAAACGAAAAGAUAAGGGAAAAUGCUCGAUUUCCUAA